AAUAUAAAUCCGUAAACGACAAAUGUAUUUUCACUAUUCGGUGGGUCAGAAGAAAUGUGAAAAUACUUCAAUAGUAGUGGCUUUCAAGAGAAAAUGCUCAUAAACUUUUGUUGAAUAUUAGUGGUCUUGACAAAUUCUAAAAUCACUCGGGCUUUGUUUCCAGAAAAUUAACCAGACAUUUUUAUCCAGCGUAUACUAUUAAUCUUCCAAUUUGUUUCUCAGCACAUCCAAAUGAAAAAAAAAACCAACCUAACAACCCACAAACCGAUCUCCAUCGAACAAUAAACCUCCACGAUUUAUCAUCUCCCAUAUAAUAACUCCCUGGUAAACCCCAAAAUAAGUGUACAUUUCAUUGAAACCAAACGGUAGACUGCCCACGCGGGUGAUUAUGUCAGUGUCCGUGCAUAAUUCCUUCUCAUAAGCGAGAAGUGGUCAGAGCUUUUAUUCACCGAAUGCGUGCCACGAAAUUCAUGAGUGAUGCGUUCACAGGAAAAAAAAAACGAGAGAAAAAAUACAAGGGAGUGAACCGGUGCUGGGGCACCAUUGGCCCGGGCCUUGUCUCUUCUCCUUCUUUUCAUUGUGUUGGAAUUUUAACACAGUCAAGAGAGUUGGGGGGGAAACUUUCCCCUCUCCGAAACGUUAACAUUGGACUCAGCGACUAUCGAGAGUGCCAGAACGGCUUAACGAUACCGUACGGGCGUGUUCUGUGGCGUCGUCCAGGCCUUUACACCGCGACCAUUUUUUUUUUAUUACAAGUGGAUACCUAUUGUUCCUUAACAAAUAAUUGAAUGAGUUUAGUUAUAAUAAUACAAAUGAUCCUUUGUGAUUUCAUCUCAAGUUCUCAGUGAAGAUAUCGGUUUGUGUCAAGUGUUUAGGUGUCUCUGGUCAUUUUCAAGAAGUUCUGAGGAGCGAAAGUGAUUUAAGUUUGUGGAAUACUUGGAAUUGUGGCCUUCAAAAUUGUUAAAUCGUCGCAGAUAACUGGGGGAAACCCGAGGAUGGCGGACACAAGUCAGCAGGAGCUCACUGAGCCUCACACAAACGGCGUGAUGGACGGCCUCACGGAAGAGGAAAAAAGUAAGAUGAGACCAGCUGAUAUUGAAGCGAAAUUCUUCUCAUCUUCUCCUACACAAUCGUUAAUUCCUUGUUAUCCCGAUCAGGACGUGAGGGAGAUGGAGAGGAGACGAAGAGUGGAAAUGAUGAUGAACUCGAAGUUGUUCAGGGAAGAAUUGGAACGUAUCAUCGAGACACAGAUGAGCAAUGGUUCAGGGCCUUCUGGCCUCUUGCAACAAAUUUCGGACAUGAUGGGGGCGCAGGGUAGUCGAUUCAACUCCAAUGUGUUCAAAAACUCCAAUUGCGUAAUGCCAAUUAACGAUAUUCGAGGCGUAGAAAGCAUGGGCUACGCCAAAGGCGAGAAACUUCUUCGCUGCAAGUUGGCAGCUGUGUUCAGACUCCUGGAUCUCUACGGCUGGACCCAGGGUGUUGGAGGUCAGAUAACAGCCCGCCUAAAUCAAGAUCAACAGCAUUACCUAGUGAAUCCAUAUGGUCUUCUCUAUCACGAGGUGACAGCCUCAAGCCUUGUUAAAGUGGAUAUGCAGGGCCAAAUCGUGGAACAGGGAACGACGAAUUUUGGUGUUCAUAUUGGUGGUUUCCAGUUACACUCAACGAUACAUGCUGCCAGGCCUGACAUUAAAUGUAUCAUUCACAUAACAACACCAUCAGUGACAGCAGUGUCUUCCUUGAAAGGUGGUAUCCUUCCAAUUGGCCAGGAGAGCAUUGUCAUUGGUGAGGUGUCAACACACCAGUGGAUUGGUGAGGCUGUUGAGCCAGAGGAAAAGGAAAAAAUUACCAGGAAUCUUGGACCAAUCAACAAGGUUAUGCUGUUGACGAAUAGAGGUGCUCUUUGCUGUGGGGAGACCAUCGAAGAAGCUUUUUAUAAUGUCUAUAAUACUGUGCUUGCCUGUGAAACUCAGUUAAAACUCAUGCCAGCUGGCCUUGAGAAUAUUGCCCUGAUUUCCGAGGAAGCCAAGAAGGCCAUCUUCGAGGCCUCUAGGAGACAACCGGUUCCUCAUCACAGUACUAUCACUGAGCCACCAGCAUUGGCUGAAAAACUGGAGAAACGCUGGAGAAUCGGUAGCACUGAGUUUGAGGCACUUAUGAGGAUGUUGGAUAACGCUGGCUUUCGCACUGGGUAUAUUUACAGACAUCCACUUAUUAAGAGCGAACCACCGAGACCCAGGAAUGAUGUUGAGGUGCCACCUGCUGUUUCUUCGCUUGGAUAUUUGUUGGAGGAGGAGGAGAAUUACAGACAGGGACUCUGGAAGGGUGGACGCAAAGGAUUUGACAGAACGCACUGGUUAAACUCACCUAAUGUCUACCAGAAAGUUGAAAUCCUGGAGACCGGAACACCAGACCCCAAGAAAAUCACGAAGUGGGUGGAACAGAAUGCAGAGGAGUGGGUGUCCGAGGGAUCGCCAACUCACAGCAGCACACCAGUUAGGAUCGACAGUGCACUACAGUUUGUACCGAAGAAUACAAAUCCGAGGGAGUUUAAGACACUGCAGCAACAGAUUAAGGAUAACAGGAGAGCGGAUAAAAUAUCGGCAGGACCACAGUCACAUAUUCUCGAGGGAGUUUCAUGGGAGGAAGCUAAGAAAAUGCAGGAUGCCUCAAUCAGUGCAACCGGGGAAUCAGUGGUACUCGUUGGAGCUGCCAGUAAAGGAAUAAUUCAGCGUGGAUUCCAGCACAAUGCAAUGGUGUACAAAACUCCCUAUGCCAAAAAUCCAUUCGACGCUGUUACGGAUCAGGAGCUUGAUCAAUACAAAAAAGAAGUUGCACGUAAGACAAAGGGUGAUCCCUACGACGAAUCACAGUCUGAAUCAGAGGCCCUGUCGUCGUUCAAUAUUAGUCGAGCGACUCACGAAUCCAGCACUGCCAAAAGUCCCAUUCAGUCGCCAGUUUCAGUUACGUCUGAGACGGAAGAGGAGAGCAGAGAUGAACCUCGUGUAUUGCGGAUAGAAAAGAAAAAAGUGCCUGCUCCAAGUCAACCUGAAGUUGUCCUGAGUGACGAUAAUAAAUCGAGCACCAGUGACGAGUAUACUUCAACAUCCUACUGGCUACCCAUGUACCAAACCGGUCAAAUUCACGUCAUCAAAUUAGCGCGAGUAGCCGAGCUUCAAAAACCCCAAGUCACCUCAAUCACGAUUCCCCAGGGUCCCAGUCUGAUGAAAAAUUCGUCAAUAAUUCCAAAAUUCAAGCCCAAGGCGUACAUAAGAGAACGUUGUAAAUUUUUCACCGAGUACGACAAACGUUACAACGAGUAUAAAAUUCUCAGUAGUGAAAAUUUCAUUCGUUUCACGAGUAAAUCUGUGGAGGAGAGGAUCGAGAGCCUCUCCCCGGCUUCGGUUCCAGCGGCCAACAAAGAGAAUCAUUUCUUGCCCUUCAAAGUCCUCUCCAGGAACCGCGGGUUCGUCAGGGAAAUCGCAAAACAAUUCUCCCUAACCGAAAUUCCCAGUAAGCCAGAUUGUCGUCCCCCAAGUAGAAAAAGAUCUUCCCAGGAUCCUCUGCAAAUAAGCCCCAGCAGAGACUCCAUGGCAAAAAUCCCCAGACUCUCUGUGCCCUUUUUCGUUACUCUAAACGCGCUGAAAAGUCCCAGUCUAGUGGACACCAUUAUGAAGACCUCAAGCUCAAAAAGCGCAAAAAGCGAAGGGAACACUCCCUCUGAGCAUCUCCCCUGCACUCGUCGAAUCCUUCCAACUGAGUCCACCUUGCUCGACCCAAUGAUCGACCUAAUAAAUGAGGACUUGAAGAUUUCCAGUUCGUCAGAGCCCACGAAUUCCUCAGUCAUCACAGUAGCUGAGAGAAUUUAUCCUGAAGAAAUUAAAUUUGAGCUGCAAUCAGACAAUGAGAAUGGAAACUUCAGUGGCGAACUCCUUUCACCUUCCAAAAUGAAACAAGAGCCAGAGAGUUUUGAGGGUCUCAAUCUCUCCGAUGAGAAUGCCAACUCAUUGAAGGAGAGCACUCCUCCAAUCCUCGAGCAUUGCAUCAAAACAGAACCAAACGAUUGGAUAAACGGAACAGAAGAGGAGUUGAAGGUUUCCUUUGAGAAGGACAUGAGUGACGACUGCCCCUGGCGAUUCUCCUCUCCCCUCCCAAAGUAUUACAAUCGAGAGGACAGCAUGACUGAAGUCAUUAACACUCUUAACAUCAACUUGACCCCCUCAAAAAUGUCAUCUUUUAAUUAUCUUCCUGACACCUGCAGCACGAAAACUUGGAAUCUGGAUCCAAAUCAGUUUAGUGCUAUGUAUAGCAUCACACCGACAGCAAAUGCCAAUGAUGAUCCUAUCGAGGAGCACUUUCACUGUGGGAAGAAGGACUGCGAGAAGUGUUUAUAUCCUGGAUAUUCCCACGAGAGCUCGUUAAACCACAGCUUCGAGGCCCCUCCUCAACAGGAGGAACUUAUCUGGGAAGAGAUGCUCCCAAGUACUGACGAGGAUACACAAGGUCCAGUGAAAGUUGACAAUCACAUUGAUUUGAAUCAGACAAUUGACCUCUUCGACAAUUCCAUUGACGUGGAUACAGAACGAGACAUUUCAGCUGAUUCCAUGGAACGGGAGCAGUCAGUGGGCGGCUCAGACCUCCUUGAACUCCCUCAUUCGACGUUCAUCGAAUUGGAGAAGUCUCGAGACCAAGUCUUUCACGAGGACAUCGCCACCUCUGCAAACGAGGUAAUCGCAGGUCUCGGGGAACGAGAGGCCUUGGUGAAGGCUGAAGCGAUUGUUGACGAUGUCAUUUCUGAUGUGACCUGCGUCGAUCUGAAUGACGAUUUGUCGACGGAUUUGAGGACAAUCUUGGAGGCUAAAUUAACAGCCCUCAAAGUCGCCAAACACAUCAUCGAUGAGGUGAUGGAUGAGAUGGGAUUGGAGAUCAAUCAGGAGUUGAGGGAGGAGAGACAGAUCCGAGAGAUUGAGGAGAUUGUCGAGAAGACUAUUGAGGAGGAUAUCAAUGGAAAGGAACCCAAGGUCAUCGUAAUCAGUGAAUUGAUUCACCACAUCAUCGACAGAGUUUCGAGUGGCUCUGAGAGCACCGCAGGAUCAUCUCCAGAGAGUUACAAUCUAAAGAAAACGAAGGAGAGUACUAACACGGAGAUUAAGGAGCUCGCGACGUCCAUAAACGAAGAAGCAGUGAACACUUCGGUGACUCCAGACCUUCUGAAGCCGAUAGUUGGGCUGGGCGAGUCCCCACAGGAGGGGAGAUACUCUCGGGAUCUCUUCAAGAGCUCUGAAAACUUGAUAAACGAAAUUAAAUCCAUCUUCAAUGAGAUUGACAUCGAUGUGGAGAGUGAGGAGUCUAUGAGAGUCGAGCUGGAGAACAUUGUUGCCUCUUGCUGCAUCGGUGAAAACGGAGAGGUCUUCUCAAACGACAUGGAAGCCUUCCAACAUUACGCCAAUCAGAUGCACCUGAUCGCUAAGGCAAUCGUCUUCGAGGAGUCUUCAAAUAAGAGUAAAUCUGAAACUCUGAAUUCCAGCAGUUCAACCGAGAAUUCUUUCUACGCAAAUAAAUCAGAGAGCGUUAAAAAAUUUGUUGCUAAAUUCAAGCAAAUUACAAAGGGAAUGAAAUCAUCCUUUGAACCAAAUAUAAAUGGGUGUGAUGUCUUGGACUCUUCAGACGCUAAAAAAUCCGACCUUUCUGGGGAGAUAAGCAACAGGGCGUUGUCUUUGAACGUUAAUAUCUCUACAGAGAAUACGAUUAACAUCAGCAGUCAGUCGGAUCAAUCAUCUCCAGAGAAUGACACAAAGUCGGACAACAGCAGAGAGAAAAUCGAGCUGAGAAGGAAGAAGACAUUAGCUGAUCUCAGCAGGGUAUCGGAUCAUGAUGACAAUUCACUAAGUGCGCAUACCUCGGACGAAAAUUUUCUUAGUGAAGACUUUGAAAAGAAUGUGGUUUACAUGUGGGACUUGAAUGAAUCAGAGAGUGAGAAGAGCUUUAAUGAGAUUCGAGGAAAGGAGACAAGUUCCACUCUCAUUCAGCUCGAUGAGAUAGAGGAUUUUCUGGAAGAGGAGGUUCACACGGAAACGGUGCUGAGUGUUCCUGGCUCUCCGAGGGUGUACCAGUCACAACUGUUGACUGUUCCCGAGGACGAGGAACUCAAAUUUUCGAGUAUUAAUGAGGGAGAGCAGAAGGAUACGACUUUGUCUCCAAUUCUCGAAGUUGAGAAGUUGAAAGUAUCAAAGGUCACUGAAGAAGCUGACGAGAGGCCGAAUAUUGAAAAAUGCCUAGAAGGAGUUUCGGUUUCAUCUCCAAUUUCUGAUAUUAAUGAUUUGUUGGAACGAGAGGAGGGACUUGAGAGUGAGGAUUGCUGCGACACGGUGCCUCCUAAUUCUCCUCAGAUAAUAGUAACACCUGCUGAAGAUUUGGAGAACUGCUCUGAUCAUAGUCCGCCUUCCUCGAACACUGAUUUUUUCUCCUGCACUGGGGGUAAUUCCACUCCCUUCCAAACUGGCCAGAACAGCGCUGACACCAGUCUCCACCUGAAAAUAUCUUCUGAGAGUGAGGAUAAUCCUAACAGGAAUGAAUCAGCUGUUCUCAACAGUGAGCAUGAUACCUACACCAUCUCUGAGUGUGGUUUUGACGACUGUGGAGAGACUAUUUAUUAUGGGGAUGUUUCAUCGAACUUGAGAAGAUCUGAUUCCUUUUCGACAAUUAACUGGUGUGACAAUACGAGUGUCAACUUAGCGGAUGUAUCUUCAGCAUUGGAGGGACUGGAAUCAUUCACAAUGAAUGAAGCGGAUGGGAUUUUAAAUAAGAAAGAUUUCAUUAUUAAAUGUCCAAUUUGCGAUAACGUUCCAAUGAGUGAGAGAACAUGGGGUUCGGCGUUGCCGAUUCCUCAGUGCAGUUAUUGCACAGAACAUUAUGAUAAGGAAGAUCGCGAAGUGCCUCAGCAAUCAGAACAGGAAUUAAAUAAUGAGGUGGAGGCAGCUGAUGUCCCUGUGAAGCGUUGUAAUAUUUGUUUAGAACUCCCAGUGUACGUUGGACCCACAACCAUCGAUGGUGAAAACUUUAUCCUAGACGACUCUGAUGUUAUUGUGGAAGAGGUUAAAACUGCAUGGAAUCAUGAUUCAGCAAACGAACAAUGUGGGAAGAACGAUGUUUGCCAGAAAUGCCUGAUGAUUCUCUCAAUGGACACCAGGGAAUUCAUUCAAAUCGAGCGAGUCGUCUGCAGUGAGGAUCUCGCUUCUGCUUUGAUCACAUCACCAGCCCCUCCUGUUCCCGAUUACGAAGACACAACUCUCUGCAAAGUAAUCAAUACCAUGAAUUUAACCGAUGUUUCUGUCAAUGAUCGAUCAACUAUCGACGAGCCUUUGUGCUUCAUCAAAACACUCUUCGAGUAGUUUCGGAGUUGCUCUGAUCCUUUUGACAGCUGGAAAAUGAAUUUGACAGUUACAUAAAAAAUCAGACAGAAAAAAUGCACUGAUACGACUUGAUGUUCUAGUAAAAGGCUGUAAUAUUUGUUUAGAUCUCCCAGUGUACAGAGGAUUCACAAUGAACGGUAACAAAGGAGCCAUCGUAGAAGUCGGGCGUUAGUGUGGAAAAGGUUAAAGCUACAUUGAAUCAUCAUUCAAGUGAGGAAGAAAAUGAAAACUAGGAUGUUUUCGUCAAAUGUCUCAUGAUUCUCUCGGUAAAUACUAUGGAAUUUAUUCAGAUCAAUCGAAUGGUCUAGAGUGAGAAUCUCGAUUUCGUUUUAAUCACAUCAUGAACCCCCCACCUUUCCCAAGUUCUUCAUGAUGGAGGAAGGGCUCUUUAGGAAGUAACCAAUACCAUGGAUUUAAAAGACAUUCCUGCCAACGAACAUUCAGCUUUCCACGAGUCUGUGAUUUAUCAGAAUAUUUUUUGAAUAACUUCGGAACUAUUUGGUUCCUUUUUACCUCCAAAGAUAUUCGGUGUUUUUAGUCAUGACUUGAAACGCUAGAUUAGGGUUUAAUAUUUUUGAUAAAAUAUUCCUAUCACUUUUAUUACGUAGAAUUUCAUUCUAAUGUUUUCAUAUGCAGGACAAUGAAGAUAUGUUGGAUGUCUUGAUGCAUUCACAAAGUGCUUUACUAGAAUAUGAAAGAUAGUUGCAGAUUAUCGCGAUUAUUCAUUGAUUAUUAUUAAUUAUUAUAACAUUUGUACGAUUCUCGUUGUUAAAUAGCUUUGUAUUAAUUUGGAAUCGUAUCAAUGAGAUUUAAUGAGUUAUUAAUUUAAUAUUGAGCGCCAUUAUCAUCACAGUGUUAGCACAUUGUAAAAAACGUAAUGGUAAUCUCUACUUAUUUCACUCGUAGCUUUACUAGUUCUAUGAGAAUAUUUCUUUUUCUUUUGCUCAUUUUUUUUUUCUCUUCAUCUCAGAUCAAGGGACAGAUAUUACCAUUAUGUUUUGACAUAAUCGUCAUUCUGGCUGAUCUAAUAAUGUACAUUAUUCAUAGCUUUUGCUGCAUAAUUAUAAAAUAAUGUUACCAGUUAGAGGAGAAUGAGGGAAUAGGCAUUUAGUGGAGACACUUUUAUUCAAGGAAUUGAAGCUAAAAAAAUGUUUUUCCUUUUAUGUCUAUAUUAAUUAUUAUCACACACUUAUUCUUUAUUGUUUCUUUUAUCAUUGCAUCAUAAAAUGGGGAGUGAAAGAAUAAAUUAACAAGGUCUUUCAUUCCAA